CUCACAGAGGAGAAGACAGCAGGAUGGCACGCUGCGACCAACAGUGUUUCCUAAGUCCAAGGUUUUGCCUCCAGCUGCUGGUUCUGGUUUUCACUAUGGGGCUCGUUGUCACAGAAAGGGUUGUUCCGAUGUCGCUCAGAGGGGAAGUUGGUGGAAAUGUGACCUUUAAGUCGCCCACUGUGAAGCAGGGAAAAACAAAAUACAUGUAUCUCCAAAAGGGCAGCGUAUACAUCAAUGGAUACCACUCAACAUGGAACAUCACACAACCGGUAUGGCAGAACACAAGAGUGGAUAGCAGCACAAAUGAGGUCCACAUGUUUGGACUGAACAUGUCUCAUAGUGGGGUAUACGACCUCUAUAUCCACUACAGCAAUGAUCCGGAACCGACUAGAAUAAUUAUACGACUGAAUGUCACAGGAAAGUACACUACACCUUCAGUCACACCCGUGUGUAGUGAUGAAAACAAUUUCAAGAGAUGCAUCGUGACAUGUGCCUCACAUGGUGGGUUCCCAUUGUCCAGCAUGACAUGGAACGUGUUUGGGACCGAGAAUACUAGCAAUAAUAAUUGGCAAGUCCUGAACAGGACUGAACUUCAAAGUAAAGCUACCAAGUUGUUCACGAGCUCCAGCACUGCAUACUUCAAUUGUUCCAGAGGGGAGCUGAAGUUCAGCUGCUCUGUGAGUGGUGUAACCUCAGAUGAGCAUUCAGUCUGUGCACACCAGGAUUCACUGAACAAUCCCAGUCUUAUUGUGAUAAUUACAGCCUGUCUAGUGCCUUUCCUGUUGGUAAUUUUGGGACUGUGUUGGUGGAGAUGCAAGAAAAGACCAAUAAGAACAGUGGUGGCGCAAAACGUGGUGGAAGAGCUAAAGCUAAAUGGAUGUGAGGAGCAAGAAGCUGUUUAGUGGAGACACGCAAAAAUUCCCAAAACUUUGAUUACACUGAGGGAGGUAAUAGUCCUCACUAUCCUCCCCCAGGAGGGGACAGAGGCAUCUUGAGUGUUAAACUGAUGAAGAAGACAAUCCAGUUUUUGUUUCGGACCAAAAAUCAUAGGUGUUCAGGAAACAAGAACCAAAACUGGAUGUCAAUCAGAUGUAUUUUGUGACUGACUGCCAAGACGGGAAUGACCAGCGUCCUCAAGAACCAGUGAAUCACCAGGGACCACACGCUGUCAACAUUUCAGUGUCACUUGUGACUUUGACAUUUUUGAGGAAGUAUAUAUUAUUACUAAUGAAGCAGGAUGCGUCAUUAAACUGACAACAGCGGACGGGAAUGACUUACUUCUCAAAAAAAAAAAAAAAGCACUUUUCCAGUGGUGUGUGGUGAGAUUGAUGUUGCAUUCUCGAAAACUGUAUCUCAUGGAAACACCACCUCGCACUGAGUGGUAAAGUCCAAAGAAGAAAAUACUGAAAGACUUUAUUGUUACACUGACGUUUGUGAGCGGAAAUGAGACCCAUUACACUUGCUGCUAGGGUCACUUCUUGACUGUUUUAGCAUAUUUUUUUUAAAUUAUGGUAUAGUGCUGUUGCUGUACUUUAAAAAUUUCCCUGUGAAUUUUCCUUUAGUAGCCAUGUUUAAAUUGCUACAUGUAUAGAUACAAUAGAGCGGCACCAUGGUCUCUUAAUUUGCAUCAAGAAUGAUCAGUAGCCAAAAAAAUGUGAAAGAUGCAUGAAUUAAGAAAAGACAGGUGCCAAAAUACUGUUUGCACAAUAUUUGCUUUGCUGAACUUUGCUGUUUCAGCCAAACUUUCUUUAGUAUUCUGUAAGCUCUUGUAUUCCCUAGUAAAGUGCAAUAAGGAUACAAGGAAAAGAGGGUUUUUCUUGCUUUUAAUUGAAUGACCAUUGCUUUGAUCAUUGGUAUUUUGAUCUUUUCACAAUUGUGACAUUUUCUCAGGUAGCUGUUCUCAUUCUAAAUGUAUGUAUGCAAAAUAUUUAUUCAAUUGUUUGUUUUUCCUACUUGAUGUUGGACUAUAAAAUGCACUAUGAUUUGGUAUUUAUCCAAGCUGUAUCCCUUUUGUAAACCAAUUAAACUUGUAAAACUCAA